AUGAGCAAUAGCGUGCGCGACUUGAUUUCGGGCGAGGCCGAGUUGGAUGACGAGGAAGAUGACGAGUCUUUCGAUGAGGAGACUGGAGAGGAGCGUGUGAGACGAAAUGGAGCUCACAUGGACGACUCCAGCGAAGAAGAGGAAGAUGACGAUGACGAAGAGGAAGCCCGGAAGGCAAGUACUCCUGUCCGUGAGGGCUUCAUUGUCGAUGAAGAGGAGGAAGAGGAAGAGGAAGAAGAGGAAGGGGACUCGGAUGCAGAAUCACGCCCGGUGAAGAGGAAGCGCGAACAUCGUGAUCGUGAAGAGGAGGAGCGUCUUGAUGAAGACGAUUUAGAGCUUAUUGGUGAGCAAUUUGGGGAACGCUCCAAACCAGAAAGCAAAUCCAAAUUUAAACGGCUCAAAAGAGGUCAUCGGGACGAAGAGGAUGUCGUAAACAAACGCCGUGGUCUCGACGAAAUCUUUUCCGAUGAAGACGAAGAGGUGGCAGAGCAAAGACCGUAUGGGCGGUCAAACUUGCGCGCUCAAGCUGAUGAAUUCGACGACUUUAUCGAGGAAGACUUUCCUGAAGAUGAAGACGAGCGAACCCGCCGAUUGGAAGACUUAGAAGUUGCGAGACCUCGGGACCGUGGUGUGGGAGCUGUCGUUGACACUACAGGGCUUGACAAGGAUGCUUUGGAUGACAUGGAAGCUAUAUUUGGCAAUGGUGAAGACUACGACUGGGCGCUGCAAUUGGAAGAUGAUGAAGAAGACCGGGAGAAACAGGAACAAGGCAUAGAGCUUAAGGAUGUGUUUGAACCAUCCCAGCUCAAGGAAAAGCUCCUCACCGACGAAGACAACGAGAUUCGAUUCACCGACGAGCCCGAGCGAUUUCAACUGGAGCGCAAGGCAUUCAAGAACCUCCAGCUCACUGCAGAGCAAUUCAAGGAGGAAGCAAAGUGGAUUACUAAUCAGCUGUGGCCCAAGAAGGGUCUGGCCCAGGAGCUCCAGACGCCCUUUGGUAAAGCUGUCGGUAAGGUCCUUGAAUUCUUCAUUGUUGACGAAGUCGAAGUUCCCUAUGUCUUCCAGCAUCGAAAAGACUAUCUUCUUCACUCCAAGAAGAUUCGAAAGUCGACUCGUGAUGAUUUGGAUGGCCCGGAUUACAUAAUUCAAUCAGAGAAGCUCCUUAACCAGGACGAUCUGUGGAGAAUUUUGGAAUUGGAUAUCAAGUUUAGAUCAUUUGUCGACAAGAGGAACUCCCUGGAGAAGACAUAUGAGAACUUGAAAUCGCUGGAGGUUGAGGACCCGAUGAUUGAGGAAAUGAUCCCCGAAGCCACAACCAUGGAGGAACUGCAAGACCUGCAGGAUUAUCUCCAGUUCCAGUAUGGCGCCAAGCUUAAAGAUCUUGCAGUUAUGGCCGGUAAUCUCUCUCAGUCUAAGCGGCCCGGCUCAAAGUCAUCCCUACUUGAUCGGGUUCGCAAUGGCAAGGCUUAUUAUUUCGUGAAAGCCUACGGCAUCUCCGCUGAUCAACUGGCCAAGAAUACGCUGCGUCAGGGGAAAAAGAUAACACCGGAUGAUGACUCUCAGUACCCUAUGGAUCUUGCUGAUAGCUUGAUCGAUGAGAACUUCAACACCGGCGAUCAAGUCAUUUCUGCAGCGCGCCAAAUGUACUCCGAAGAGCUCUUCGCAAGCCCUCGUAUGCGCAAGUACUUCCGAAGCUCUUACUACCAGGCUGCAGAGCUCAGCUGUCGACGGACGGAUAAGGGCCUUCGGAAGAUUGACGAUUCACAUCCGUAUUACGAAAUCAAAUAUCUCCAGAACCAGGCGAUCGCUGAUCUGGUGCUCCAUCCAGAGCUCUUCCUCAAGAUGAUGCGAGCAGAAGAAGAGGGCCUGAUUGAUAUCAAAGUUGAAAUGCCACCGCGAUAUGACUUCCGGCGACAGCUGUACCAAGAGUUCGAGUCUGAAAACUUCAGUGAUCGCGCGGAGCAGUGGAGAGAGGAGCGAAAAAAGGUUCUCGACGUGGCUUAUCCCAAGCUAGAGAAGGUCAUCGUGAAGAAUGUCAAGGAAGUUAUUCGAACUUUCUGUCAGGAUGAAGUGCUCAAGACGUGUCGUCAAGAGUUUUACCGAAAGCUGGAUCAAGCUCCAUAUAAGCCAAAGGGAAUGAUCCUUGGAACCACACCUCGGGUGCUUGCCUUGUCCAAUGGGAUGGGUGACCCAGCCCGUGAGCCAACAUGCUGGACGUGGGUGGAAGAGGACGGCCGAGUUCUCGAGCAGGGCAAGUUUGGUAACCUGGCGCGAGACGAAGCGCAGCGGGAGGAGUUUGCCGCGCUGGUUCGACGGCGCCGUCCCGAUGUGAUUGCAGUCAGUGGUUGGAGCGCAGAAACAAACAAGCUGGUGCGAGAUUUAGAAGCUCUCGUGAGCGACAAGGAUCUGCGAGGAGCCGAGUUUGACGACCCCGAGACGAAUGACUAUCGGACAGAGCCUCUUGAGGUGGUCGUCGUGGAUGACGAGGUGGCCCGACUGUACAAAGACAGCCCGCGUGCGGUGGCUGAGCACCCGUCUCUGAACCCAGUGACGAGAUACUGCAUUGGCUUGGCGCGAUACAUGCAGAAUCCCAUGAAAGAGUAUGCCGCUCUUGGCAAGGAUGUAUCGUCGCUUUCAUUCCACCCUUGCCAGCAUCUCCUGCCUCAGGACAAGCUGACGAAAUACCUCGACUCCGCCAUGGUCGAUACGGUCAACAUGGUCGGUGUCAACAUAAACGAUGCGAUGACCGACACGUAUACAGCGAAUCUACUCCCUUACAUUGCAGGAUUGGGUCCUCGAAAGGCUACUAGCGUCAUCAAGGCAAUCAACGCCAACGGAGGAUCUGUGAACACACGAGACGAGCUGGUUGGUGAUCCCGACAGCGGCAAGUUACCCGUUGUCGGGCCUCGUGUUUGGAACAACUGUGCCAGCUUCCUGUAUAUUGAUUACGACUCAACUAACGAAUCAACCGACCCCCUGGACAACACCCGAGUCCACCCCGAGGAUUAUGAACUUGGUCGCAAGAUGGCUGCCGACGCCUUGGAGCUGGACGAGGAAGAUGUCAAGGCCGAAACGGACGAGAAUGGACCCGGCGCCAUCGUUCGGAAACUCUUCAAACAAGACGAACAAGAACGAGUCAAAGAGCUUGUCCUGGACGAGUACGCCGACCAGCUGCUGACGAACUUUAACCAGCGGAAACGUGCGACGCUCGAGGCCAUCAGUGCAGAACUCCAGGCUCCGUACGAAGAACUGAGACGCAGCUUUGCCCCUCUGAGCCAGUCUGAGAUCUUUACCAUGUUCACCGGCGAGACAAAGUCAUCGCUAUGCGAGGGAAUGAUUGUACCUGUGAAUGUGCGCGUGGUGCGGGACGACUUUGCCAUUGUCAAGCUCGACUGCGGUGUUGAGGGCCGGGUCGAAGCGCACGAAGUGACGAGUCGCGCCUCGGUCAAGGAGGUGCUGAGCACGGGCCAGACGGCGCAAGCCAAGAUCCUGGAGCUGAACUACAAAGAGUUUAUGGCGAAGCUGUCGAUGCGAGAGGACGCGCUGCGCGUGCCGUUCAAACGGCCCCUGAACUAUGACCGCGACGGAUGGGACUACAACCUGGAGGCGUCAGACAAGGAGGAGCUUCGCGAGAAGGACAAGACCACCGGCAGGACACAGCGGGUGGUCAAACACCCCAACUUCAAACCCUUCAACUCUAUACAAGCAGAGGAGUAUCUUGGCUCACAGGCUCCCGGGGAGGUGAUUAUUCGUCCCUCAUCCAAGGGCAACGACCACCUGGCCAUCACAUGGAAGGUGGCGGACAGCGUCUACCAGCACAUUGACGUGCUGGAGAUGCAAAAGGACACCGAGUUCUCCGUCGGCAGGCUCCUCCGCAUCGGAGGCAAGUACACGUACAGCGAUCUAGACGAGUUGAUUGUCGACCACGUCAAGGCCAUGGCCCGAAAGGUGGAGGAACUCAUGCGCCAUGACAAGUACCGGAGCCGGUCGCGAUCAGAGACGGAGAAAUGGCUCACUACAUAUAUCGACGCCAAUCCCAACCGAUCCGCGUACGCCUUCUGCAUCGAUCAGAAGCACCCGGGGUACUUUUGGCUCUGCUUCAAGGCCAGCCGAACGGCAAGGGUUAUUGGGCUGCCCGUCCGUGCGAUUCCGCAGGGGUACGAACUGAAGGGGUACCAGUAUCCGGAUAUGCGGGCGCUGUGCAACGGCUUCAAGCUGCGAUACCAGAAUGAAUUUUCGACAAUGGGAGAUCGGUGA